AUAAAUUGCAUUUUGCCUCUUUCUAUCAACAUAAAAAAAAAACCCCUUUUGCAUAUAAAAGAAAACCAACACUUGCCUCGCAAACAUUCAUUCAAUUACCAUCCAUCCCCAAGUCAAAACUCAUCUCCUUUUGAAAUGGCGUCUUGGUUCCCUUUUAGACGUCAACCACGUCAGGCCCCGCCGCCCCCAGUUCUGCCCUCCGUUACCGGAGGAAGCCAGACUGAGCAGUCUGCCACCGCCUCUCCAAGGAGGCCACCGUUUAGGCCUGCAGGGGCCGCUCCGCCGCCACAAACACCCCUUUCCCCCACUCGUAAGCCACCAUCUCGGGCAGCUUCACGGCCCCCGACCCCGCCCCGCAAUGGCAAGGGGACUCCUCCUCUCUCCCCACCACGUUUGGUGGAAACAUCUCCACCACCACCACCCCCACCACCACCAAAGGUGGAGAACAUUCCUCCGCAGCCACCGUCUAACGAGAGCACGCUUGAAGAAGAACCAGUUUUGAUGAAGGAAAGGGAGGCGGCUCCAGAAAUCCGACCGCCACAUGCCGGAGACAUCGAUGAAUCAAAACUUCAGCCACCUGAGAUGACCAAGCAGUCCUCAGAAACCACCCUCAUUGAACCAACCAAACAGUCCUUAGAAACCCCUCCGAGCAAAUUGUCCUCGGAAACCACUUCCAUGGAGCCACCGCCGACUCAAAUUUCUGAUCCUCUGUUAAUGGGAAACAACAAGGAAGGAGACCCACAACCAACAACCAUGAAGCCGUCGGAACAAGAGGCGGCGGCAAAGCAACACACAACGAUUUAUUCGGGCGAACAUCAAACCAUCAAAACAGUGGUUGCCGAAACGUCCAAAGACAAAGACGACCGCCGCCGCCGCCAUGGGGAGUUAUUAGCUCAGAACAGAGCAGCUGGCGUUAAAGAGGUGGCGGUGGCGGUUAAUGUGAUAAUAACCCUCACGGGCGAGAACAAAGGGGCUAUCAUGCAGCUCGGCCGCCCGUCCAAUGAGAAGCCCAUUCACAUCCGCAGAGCCUACAAACCGAGUCAACGCGUCGUUGACCGGCCAACUAAAGAAGAAGACCGGGAAGCGGCCAAUGCUUCGUACGUCGCCAACUCCAACGUCCAGGGAGUCAACAACUCAAUCCUUGUGGACAGCCACGUCAGGGAGAUGGACCCCGGCGUGAGUGUCGUCGGAAUCCCGCAUUUUCCGGCAGAAGAUCACGCAAAACAAGACGGCCAAAAAACUCUUCAAGAAACUCGUGAUGGCAAGCAGAGAAUCAGGCGGAGAUGCCUCAGAGGGCUUUUGAUGGAGCCGAGCGAUUCCGAUUCCGACAAUAACAACCCUGAAAAGCCUCGCCGCCGCCGCCAUGGGUGUCGUGUUCCUUGCCACGAUGUGUUAUAAUAACAAAGAGUACGUAAACCUUGUGGUUUUCUGUUCUUUUUAACUUGCCAUUAUGAUUUUUUGAUAGUUUCAAAAAUGAAUGAAUAUUAACAUGAAUUAUAUCUAUGUAUUCAUUCUGUUUUUGAUACAUUAUUAAAAAAUCAUAAUGAUCAAUUGAAAAAGGAAUAAGUAAUGAAAUGAAUGGAUCACCAAACUGUGGAAUAAUUACAAGAAUGACUAGGUAGUGUGUAGUGUCCAUGGCCAUAGCCCAUGAGUCAUGAAUAUAUGUAUCUAUGUGUA